GGUUCUUUGCCCUAGUUCUGUCCAUGAGGCAGUUUAGACCAAGUCGCUUCUUGGAGCGGAAGACGGGACUCGUGCUGGUGCUUGGGGACCCUGCCCGGACAGGCACGGCGGAGAGCUGAAGGGCUGUGAAGUUUGCCGUGCGGCAUGCCUGCUCCGCUAUGCCUCUGCCAGGGGAAGCUGGCUUGCUCCCGCGCCCCUCCUGCGCUUCGGGGAAAGCGAGGCAUGAGCUGCCCAGCAGUGGGCGUGUGGGAACAUACAACCGAUCAUUCCAGGGCAACAUGGCGUUCUACAGCUGUAACAUAGUCCUUGCAAUAGCCAGGUCAAGUUUCAGAGGCCCUCAUCUUCUUGUGCACUCCAGCUGUUCUCCAUAUUCCUCAUCAGUUGCAUUUGUCCAACUAGUGGAUUCUCAUUUAAACCGAAUUUACAUGAAAGACUCUGAAAACCAGCAGUUACUGUACUGCACACAGCUGGCCCCUGGACUACCUCACCUACGAACUAAAGCAGUGCGAACACUGCACACCUCUGCUUACUGGCAUCAAGAGCUCAAAGAUGAAUCUCAGCUGCACCAAAGUACAAUAAACCAGGACAAUGAGCAUGCUAAAACUCUGUCAGACCAAAGCACAGAGACUGGUGUGGAGAAAAAGUCUUUACGCCAAAGAAUUGUGGAUGAACUGAAACAUUAUUACAAUGGAUUCCACUUGCUUUGGAUUGACACGAAGGUCGCUGCCAGGAUGGUAUGGAGGCUGCUACAUGGUCAGGUUCUCACUAGAAGAGAGAGGCGAAGGCUACUGAGGACGUGUGCUGAUCUCUUCCGGCUGGUUCCCUUCUUGGUGUUCAUCAUUGUGCCCUUCAUGGAGUUCCUGUUACCUGUAUUUCUGAAACUCUUUCCUGAAAUGUUGCCCUCAACUUUUGAGACGGAAUCAAAAAAGGAAGAAAAACAGAAAAAGAAACUAAGCGCCACAUUAGAGCUGGCAAAAUUCCUGCAGGAGACUAUUACAGAGAUGGCCAGAAGGAACAAAGCAGAUACGGGAGAGGCCACCAAGCAGUUCUCUUCCUAUGUGCAACAGGUUCGUCAUGCUGGCCACCAGCCCAGCACCCAGGAGAUUGUGCGCUUCUCCAAGCUUUUUGAGGAUGAGCUGACCCUUGAACACUUAGAACGGCCACAGCUGGUAGCCCUCUGCAAACUGCUUGAACUACAGCCCAUUGGCACCAAUAACCUACUCCGCUUCCAGCUUUUGAUGCAGCUCAGGUCUAUAAAAGCAGAUGAUGAAAUGAUUGCUAAGGAAGGUGUUAAUGGGCUAAGUGUGUCCGAACUGCAGAGUGCGUGCAGGGCCAGAGGAAUGAGAUCACUGGGUCUCACAGAGGAACAGCUGAAAGAACAACUCAGUCAGUGGCUAGAUCUACAUCUAAAGGAGAAUGUUCCUCCUUCUCUGCUGCUGCUUUCUCGUGCCUUGUACUUGAUAGACGUGAAGCCGAAACCCAUUCAGGUGUCACAGAAUGAGGUUCGGGUUAGUGACGCUGCUGCAGAAACAUCAGUUCUUGAACCUAAAGAAACCUUAGUGGAUUCUGCACCCAUUGUGCAAGGAAGAAAGGGAGAAGAAUUUAUAUCACAGCCAUCAGAGAAGUUACCAGUCCCUGGAGUAUCUGUCAAGCCUCCUCCAGGAGAGACCAAAAUGGAGGCAUCUCAAAGCAGCAAGGCCAGUGCCAAUGGAGUCUAGCCCUGCGCCAGCAAGGACCAUGGAACAAGGGCACCGACAGGGGAAGACUCCAUUCCUCUGAACCUCGUCUGACCCAACAACUGGGUGAGCAGUGUGUUCACAGGCUCCCUCCCACACCAAGGCUUUCAGCUGUCCCCAGGGGGCCUUAUCAAUCAAUUCCAGAUUGUUUUAUUAGCAGCGAGAACAUACAAAGGACACAUCCCAUUUAAAAUACCCUCUAUAAAUUAAGUUAUAUUGUAAAUAUGUAAAUACGUCUCUUAAAAUGCUCUAAGCUGUAACUUAUCCCAUGGCUGUGUGUCCUACAGUUAGGGUUUGUGCUCUUUAGUAAGGCAGCAUUUUAUUUUUAUGAAGGGCUGGAGAGCAGACAUGGGCUGGGUUUGGUGCUUCAGUAAAAAUAUCCCUCAUCCACACUGUGGAACCCUGUGCAGGAGCUUUGCCACGCAGUCAGGGCUUGGCUAGACUGCCAGAGCAAUUUGUAUAGACCACAAGCCCUUGAUUAUCAUGGUAACCUCCAUUUGUUAGCUAAUAUCUUGUGAUCAGAAUAGCUCAUCUAGCAGUUAAAAUUAAACUAACAUCAGUUGCUCUCUGGUUUUCACUGAGGAGAAUAAACACUGCGCUGGAAGAGACAAAAGAAGAAAGGCCUGCAGUAUCUUCAGUGGAGAGAUUGAGAGAAUAACAGUUAAGAGAGGUUUUGCUGCUCUGUUUUCCUUGCUUAAAAAGGGCAUCCUCCGUUGCAUGCUGUGCCUGCUUUCUGCCCACAGUUGGCAGCAGGAUGGCAUCUGCCAGGGUCCCAAACACCACUCUAGCACAAACUUGCAAACAUGCCUUUUACAUGGGAACAUCUUGCUAGGGAACGUGCAGAACGGCAGUGACCUGGGCUUUCAAAUUAAACUGUUUCAUUGUUUUAAAAUAAAGUCUGAGAUCAGACUUGUCUUUUUAAAUCUAAUCAUCUGAUUCUUAAAACUAUCCGAUAAUGAGUACUGUUGGAAUACUUUUUUUAAACAAUUCCUUGUAUAUUUCAGUGGAAACUAUCUUCCUGGUAGAUUUGUAUAGGAAGAGACUGAAAAGUGUGGUUUUUUUUUAUUAUUUAAUUUUGGCCUCCUAUACCUGUACAUGUUUAAAAUUUGCUCAUUUUAUGGAUAUAUUGAACCUGGAUAUUUCUAAUUACUGUAAAAGUAAAAGUGGACAUGGAUGCUGAGUAGAAUGUGACUCCUUUUGUGAGUCAGCCUGAGUCAUUGGAACCAUCGCCUGGCUGAAGCAACAAUCAGCUCAGUUAGGCAUUAGCGGCAUGUUACAAUUAUUAUGCCAGGCUCCUUUUUGUAAAGCAGAACCAGCUCGGGGGGGGGCAUAUUACAAUUGUACUGUAUUCUUGGUUAGUAAACUCCAUCUACCUGGGUGAUACAAAUCUCUGCUUUGCUAAUGCAAGUGUUAUAUGAAGAUGAACAGCUGUGGUGUCUUGCUAGUGAUAACAGCAGACCAAUGUAAUUCCAAUAAAUGCCCAGUGAAAGAGGGCAGGUGAUUUC